AUGACUGCAACAAAACACAACUUAUUUGUUCUAUAUCCAAUCCUGAUCAUAUCACAUGCGUUCUACAGCGUCACAGAAGCAGGUGGAAGUGGAUGUCCGAUGUUGGGAAAAUAUUUUGGUAAAUUUUGUUACUUCGCGAAUAGUAAACGUUUCAGUUGGACUUAUGCGAAUAUACAAUGUACCAAAAUGGGUGGCCAGCUUGCCAGGGUGACCAGUGGUGCUCUUAACACAUUUCUUGCGCAAACAUUCAGAGUUGAAAGGGCUUGGAUUGGAUUAACAAAGUGCCGAGGGAAAUGGUGUUACCCCGAUAGAAAAACAUCAUUUUAUUACAAUUGGGAUACGAAUCAGCCAGAUAAUAAAAGAAGAUAUGAAUAUUGUGUAGAAAUGUUCCAGAACACACGAUUCAGUGACGAACGAUGUGCAUCCCCCAGGGCAUCUAUCUGCGAAAUACCAGUAGACGACGUUGAUGAAUGUUUGUUGGGAACACACAGGUGUCAUUCCCAAGCCACGUGCAACAAUACCAUUGGAUCAUACACAUGUACUUGUAACGAAGGAUUUAUAGGAAAUGGCAACGUUUGCAAUGACAAGGAUGAAUGCGCUUUGGAAACUCACAGAUGUCAUUAUCAAGCGCUGUGCAACAAUGCGAUUGGAUCAUAUAGCUGUACUUGUAAAGAAGGGUUUACAGGGAGCGGAAACAUUUGUGAAGACAAAGAUGAGUGCUCGCUGAGAAAUCACAAAUGUCAUUUUAAAGCCUCGUGCAACAAUACCAUUGGAUCAUACACCUGUACUUGUAAUGACGGAUUUACAGGAAAUGGGAUCGUUUGCAAAGACAUUGAUGAAUGUACUUUGAAAACGAAAAAGUGUCAUCCUCAAGCCUCGUGCAACAAUUCCAUUGGAUCAUACACCUGCUCUUGUAAUAAAGGAUUUAUUGGAAAUGGGACCAUUUGCAAAGACGAGAAUGAAUGUGCCUUGGAAACUCACAGAUGUGAUUCUCACGCCACGUGCAGCAAUACUAUUGGAGCAUACACAUGUACGUGUAAUCGAGGAUAUAACGGAAAUGGGACCGUUUGCGAAGAUAAUGAUGAAUGUCGUUUGGAAACACACAGUUGUCAUUCUCAAGCCUCUUGCACGAAUACUAUUGGAUCAUUCACCUGUACUUGUAAUGAAGGAUUUUCAGGAAAUGGCAACGUUUGCAAAGACAAAGAUGAGUGUUCGCUGAGAAAUCACAAAUGUCAUUCUCAAGCCUCAUGCUACAAUACCAUUGGAUCAUACACCUGUACUUGUAAUGAAGGAUUUACAGGAAAUGGGACCGUUUGCAAAGACGUUGAUGAAUGUACUUUGAAAACGAAAAAGUGUCAUCCUCAAGCCUCGUGCAACAAUUCCAUUGGAUCAUACACCUGCUCUUGUAAUAAAGGAUUUAUUGGAAAUGGGACCAUUUGCGAAGACGAGAAUGAAUGUACCUUGGAAACUCACAGAUGUGAUUCUCACGCCACGUGCAGCAAUACUAUUGGAACAUACACAUGUACAUGUAAUCGAGGAUUUAACGGAAAUGGGACCGUUUGCGAAGACACUGAUGAAUGUACUUUGGAAAGUCACAAAUGUCAUUUUCGAGCCUCGUGCAACAAUACCAUUGGAUCAUACACCUGUUCUUGUAAUGAAGGGUUUAUAGGAAAUGGGACCGUUUGUGAAGGUGGAAGUGGAUGUCCGACGUCGGGGAAAUAUUUUGGUAAAUUUUGUUACUUCGCGAAUAGUAAACGUUUCAGUUGGACUUAUGCGAAUAUACAAUGUACCAAAAUGGGUGGCCAGCUUGCCAGGGUGACCAGUGGUGCUCUUAACACAUUUCUUGCGCAAACAUUCAGAGUUGAAAGGGCUUGGAUUGGAUUAACAAAGUGCCAAGGGAAAUGGUGUUACCCCGAUAGAAAAACAUCAUUUUAUUACAAUUGGAAUACGAAUCAGCCAGAUAAUAAAAGAAGAUAUGAAUAUUGUGUAGAAAUGUUCCAGAACACACGAUUCAGUGACGAACGAUGUGCAUCCCCUAGGGCAUCUAUCUGCGAGAUAUCAGUAGACGACGUUGAUGAGUGUCUGUUGGGAACACACAGGUGUCAUCCUCAAGCCUCGUGCAACAAUUCCAUUGGAUCAUACACCUGUUCUUGUAAUAAAGGAUUUAUUGGAAAUGGGAUCGUUUGCAAAGACUUGGAUGAAUGUGCCUUGAAAACUCACACAUGCCAUUCUCAAGCUACGUGCAGCAAUACCAUUGGAUUAUACAACUGUACUUGUAAUGGAGGAUUUAUUGGAAAUGGGAUCGUUUGCGAAGACGCUGAUGAAUGUACAUUGGAAAGUCACAAAUGUCCUUCUCGAGCCUCGUGUAACAAUACUCUUGGAUCAUAUACUUGUUCUUGUAAUGAAGGAUUUGAAGGAAAUGGGACCAUUUGUAAAGACCGUGAUGAAUGUACUUUGGAAACUCACCAAUGUCAUCCUCAUGCCUCGUGCAACAAUACCAAUGGAUCAUAUACUUGUACUUGUAAUAAAGGACUCAAAGGAAAUGGGACCGUUUGUGAAGACAUGGAUGAAUGUUCCUUGAAAACUCACAGAUGUCAUUCUCAAGCCACAUGCAACAAUACUAUUGGAUCAUACAGCUGUACUUGCAACAAGGGAUUAAAAGGAAAUGGUACCAUUUGUGAAGUCUUAAUUCCCCAACGAAAAAACAGGCUCGUUUCUUUAGUCUUGGUUUCUGGUAAAGUGAACUUCAGCAAGAAAGACAAGUUUAGAAAACUCAUGAAGGAGGUGGAUGAACUAUAUAAAAAGAAUGCAACUGCUCGAGAAAGAUCCGCACAAAAUAUCAUCCAAGAACUGUCUAAUCUUACUGGACGUUAUCCUGGAAAUGAAAAGGAAGAAAUGCUAGGUUCCGAAUAUCUUUAUGGCACCGUUAAAAUAAUUCAGAAAAUUGUUAAUUUGAAUAUUUCUGAUGAUUGUUUUAACAUAUUGGGCCCUGCAAAUAAUAUAUUGGAUGAUAGAAACAGAGAAUCCUGGAGAAAUAUGACGAACCGGAAUACGGUCCGUGAUCUGGCGGUAACAUUGCAAAAUUAUGGAUUUCAAUGUGGGGAGAAAUUAAAGAACAACAAAAGUACCUCGCCUAUAUUUCGCAAUCAUUCUAACGUGCAGAUACGUGUCAAAUACCAAAAGCCCUCAGAAUUUCCACCUCAGGAAAGGGUUUUCAAUUUCCCAAAUACAUCGUUCAUUUUAUCACCGGACGCAAUUCGGAACACUUCCGGAGCUGUGGUAGUUGUCGUGUGGUAUAAGACACUGAACUUAUUCCUGACAAACAUUGAUUAUGAUGGCAGUAACCAUACAGUAAACAGCAAAAUCAUUACUGCUAGCGUCCGACCUGAACCAAAAAUGUCGUUUAAAGAACCUGUUCGUAUCAUCUGGGAUGGAAAAGGAUUGGACAAACCAAAACGUUGCGUGUAUUGGAACCCAGAAUUAAAUGAAAAUGCUUGGAAAUCCGACGGGUGCAAGAGAGGCGAGUUAAAUAGUGACCGUUUACUAUGUGAAUGUGACCAUCUCACUGCUUUCGCUAAUAUGGACAUUUCGGAGACAAGUUUGUUAAGUAAAGCUGAGCGGGGCGCUUUGGAGAAAAUAACAACAGUUGGUUGUGUUCUAUCAUUGGCUGGUGUGAUAUUGACGAUAUUAGCCCACGUGUUGCAGUGGAAAAGAAUCCACAGAAAUGCCAAAAGCAAAGUUCCUUCUAAAGUUCUCAUGAAUCUCUGCGUUGCGAUUGGAAUGACAAAUGUCCUUGCUAUCCUUGCAGGACCCGGACGUGAUGAAGAGUUAUUUUGCAUAACCGUUUCAAUCUUGUUAUAUCUUUCGGUACUCGCUUUAUUUGGAUGGAUGUUAUGCGAAGGGAUAGUUAUAUAUUUACAACUGGUUAAUGUUUAUGCCGGUUUGAGCUUGGGAGGCAAAUAUAUGAAGACAUUCUAUUCCAUUGGUUGGGGAUUUCCACUGACCAUUGUCGUACUAUUAGUUGUGGUAUAUCAACCAUUUGACUUUAUCUCAGACCACUCAUGUUGGUGCCCGGUUGGUGGUGUGCUUUUUUGGAUUUUUGUUGGCACGAUGGGGCUGAUAUUGCUGAUCAACAUCGUUAUCUUUUUUCUGGCUUUACGAAAAGCUUUGUCAUCCAGCGAAGUGAGCACAAUCCGUAGUGAAGCUGAUACCGUGUUGAGAAAAGCAAAAAUCGGCUUGAAAGGUUCCGCUGUGCUUCUUCCAAUACUUGGUCUAACCUGGGUGUUUGGAUUGCUGGUAUUCAAUCGAGAUACAGUUGUGUUUAAAUAUUUAUUCGCAAUAUUUAACUCGCUACAAGGAAUGAUGAUAUUUGCUUCCCAUGUGCUUUUAAAUACAAAGUUUCACGACGCCUUCUUGCAAGAAAAGAGAAGUCGUAAUGAAAGACGCAAUACCUAUGCUAUGAUAAGAAACAAUACUUCCAGCAGUAUAUUACAAACAACAAGUGAAUAUAGCAGUAGAAAAUUCAGUGUCUCACCUCAACCAGUAUUCUUGAGAGGAACUUUUGACAGAUCAGCAAUAAAAGUGGAGAAAAAAUGCACCCCAGAAAGAAUUACAGACGGUUUAGUCCAAGAUCUAGCUAUAUAGAGGAAUGAGUGUUCCAUAAUGAUGGCCAGAGAGUUCACUCAGUGGAAGGUAGUAGUUAUUCAUAGUCCGUGCUAGGCAAGACAAAAAACCAUUCCAUAAGCGAGGAGUGAAACUAAGGCUUGUUUUUAUACAGCGUGUACUUCUGCAAGCUAUAGGGUUUUCAUUGUAUUGGCGCUCGCGCGUGUUACAUCUAUUAUAAUGACAAGAUUGGCAUUUUUUUACUAAAACAUAGUGCUUCGUUUGUUAAAGUUUGCCAAUGAAAACAAUAAAAAAAUUUAAAGUAAUGUUAUUAGUCGGUAAUUUUAUUGCAUUCCACACGAUGCUGGAAGAAUUUGAAAACGCACGAAUAUUCCGCCGGUUAGGCGUACCAUCCACACGUAUCCGGCGUUUUCGCCCACUGAAAACGGAAGAAUAUUAGCCCCGUACACACGAUGCCGGAAGAAUUUGAAAACGCCGGAAGAAUAUUCCGCUGGUUACGCGUACCGUCCAAACGUAUAUGGCGUUUUCGCCCACUGAAAACGGACGAAUAUUAGCCCUGUCCACACGAUGCCAGAUGAAUUUGAAAACACAAGAAUAUUCCCACUGUUACGCGUACCGUCCACACGUAUCUGGCGUUUUAUACGUGCAUGGACAGCUUUGCCGCAUAAAAUUGAAAACGAUGACGUCAGGCAUCAAAUCGUUUCCAUAUUAAUGAGGCUUGUUUCACGUCUUGUGAUUUAAGCUCAACUUUAUAUUGCUAUAUUAGCCUCAAAUAAGUCUUAUUUAGGUUAUUUUCAUGUUGAGUAAAAUCCUCGCCAAUUCUUUUAGCAUUUGCAGAAGCAUUUUUCGAGAGAACGUGUCUAAAAUGUUUGAGUAUGGUUAUACACAAUUUCUUAUGCACGACAUGCAAUUAAUAGAUACUCAACAACAAUAUUUAUAAGUUCGGGCUGUCAUCUGUCCAAGUCCUCAUGGCUUAUUUUUCACUUUGGAUUUGGUAGAUUUCUGCUUUCAUUUCGAUAUCCCACCUGUGACACGCGGGUGGAAAACAUGCAGGUGUAUUGCGGGAUCAAAUAACUUUAGCGUUCUCGGAUCGUUUUUGUGUUUACGUGUGGACGCGGAUAAAUAUUUUAACGGAUAAAUAUUUUUGCGUUUUCAAAUUCUUCCGGCAUCAUGUAAACAGGGCCUUAAAAUCGAUUUGAAGGAAAUGACAGAUUCAGCAAUUUUUGCCUCAUGGGGAAGAUUGUUCUAAUGUAGGGCUGCACUAUAAUUGAAGCACCUUUUACUAAAUUAUUUUUUCGGCAUGCAUGGUGCUUGAUCAGUUUCCCUGUUUCGUACUAUAAUAUCUCUUUCAUACUUCAGAUGAAUUUUUUUAAGGUUGGGUGCAGGCGGUGUGGCCAUUUAAAAUCUUAUAGAUAAAAAAAGGCCUUUUGUAAUUUUGCCUUACUUCCAGAGGUUGUCAGUUCCAUUACUCUUGCGACUUGAUUUUGAUAUUUUUGUAACCUGUCCUUCAGGCCAAUUUCACAAUUAUGAAUUUUACCAUAACGCGCUACAUGUAAUCGAAAUAAGGCUGCACAGUUGCAUGUAUGGUACAACAUUUUUAGAGUAUCCCUUCCUACAAUGCAAAGUCUCCAGCUGGAAAAACGACUGUCAAUUGGCGUUUUAGCAGCAAUUCAAAAAAAUACGUUAUUAUAGCAUAUAAUAUAUCGUAGGUGAUCCCUGCAUAGUCAGUUUCACAAAACUCUGUCCAAAUCUCAUUCACUUUUAGCAUCUUUAAAAUAAAUAUUUCAAGU